AUGAGUAUGCAACUGAGGUCGCAUGCUCAGGACCUGGCGAGGGCCAGUGCGAGUUCGACGACGACUGACCAUCAGCAUCAUCAUCAACAUGGGUUCUUGUCGUUGAAAGGCGCUUCGUUGACCCCGAACUCGUCGUCGUCGGGCUCGACCCCACAUUCAUCAUCGACGCUCAACGGAGCCACCGACGCCGGCUUUGCCAGUGGGACGACGGCCUCCUCCAACGUGGCGCAACCUUCUACCCCUUCCCCUUUCCCUGUCACGGCACUGACCGUCCCUACACCUCAUGAGUCCGGUCUGACGAUCACGAUCGAGGUUUACCCACCCACGGGGAAUCGUACCCACCACGUGACGUCCGAAACGCUCAAAGGCAUCGUGCGCAUCAGUCGACCGCGCCUGCCCGUCACUACUGCGGGGGCGGGGAUCGAUGAAGAGGGCGGAGAUGCGGCGGAUUCUUCGGGGGUCCAAACGCCGAGAGCGCCGUUGGUGUCGUUGAUCAAGAGUUUAUCAGUUAGGUUCUAUACGGAGUCGAGGUCGUUGUAUUGGAGUUUGGUCGAUCCCAACAACGUCAAGUCGUCGAGUCAUGGGAAUGGAUCUUCGGCCACAACGACGGCGAUGGCUUCGUCGGAGAAGAAUGCGACGUCCGAGACGGCGGCUGAACAGGAACUGCGCCAGAGUUUGCAAAAGGCGACGCUGGGACAAGGAACGAAACAACUCGUUAGCAAUCCGCUUCAGAAGAUCGUCUCCCCUGAUGGCAAACAGUCGACAAAGAAGGCUGCUGCGUCGGACAAGAACUCUAAGAAGCCCAAGAAGAAGAGCUCGAGCACCGCCGAGGAGUGUCACUGGUCGUUGGAUCACGAAUGGGCCCGGGCAGUGUUUUCAGAGGUUUUGUUGGUCUCGAAUGGUCGAUUACAGCAACAAGCCAUCGUUGAUCCCGUCCUCUCGAAUUCCGCUUUGGCGAAUGGGGCCCCCAACAGUUCCUCGACAGGUUCUGUGCACAAGUCCAAGAAGUCGAGGUCGAAAGGAGCGCCGUCGUUCAAUCGCUUGCGCGCCCAUUCGAUCCCGUCCAUUAUUGACAACUCGGACGAACUUGUCUUACCCUUCCGCGUCAUGUUACCCCUCGAUGUUUCGUAUGAUGAAUGGAACCGACACCGCGGCGCUUCGAGGUCACAGCAUCGGGUUCCUCGGCCUGCGCCACCAACUUGCAGAGAUGCGAGCGAUGCGAGUGUCGAAUGGGUAUGCGAGGCCAUUUGUGAUCUCCGGUCGAGUAGUCUCACCAGUCCUUACUCGAGCGUACCGACGACACCCAAAAGAACUUCGAUGGAGGCACUGGGUUCAAUCACCUCCGUCUCUUUACCCGCAACCUUUGAUACGAACGGAGUGACAAACCCGGACCACUUGAAGAUGUCACAAUUCGAUCCUCAACCUGAUCAAGACUCGGACACCUCGUCCUUCGAAGAAGACGUCCUUAACCCCGUUAUUGACACCCGAGGAUUCCUCCUCUCCAAAGCCUCGCGCAUCGUGCAACGCCAAGUUUACCCCGUCAUGAACUCCGACGCGAGGUUGUUCAACCACGAUUUAGGCGAUGAGGUCAUGCCUUCGAUCGCAGAGAACGAGAGGAAGGCUUUGAGGCAUCAUGCGGGCAAGAGGAUUGAUGGGGAGGGGGAUGCGAGGAGGGCAAGGUGGUUGAAGACGAUUGAGAUGAGGAGUAGGAUGGGCGGGCUCUAUGGCACGCUUAGUAUCGAGGUGAGUUGGCAGGUGGGCUUGUGGUCUGGGGCCUUGCUGACCAGUCAUCGUAUGUCACUUGCGUAUUUACAGCUUGUUACACACAAACCCUUUUACCUACCACGCACGGUGAGUCCCCAUCCUCUUUUUGAUCGUCAGCCGACUGAAUUGCUGGCCGAGCACUUUGCUUCCCACCGAGCAGAAUCUGCGCGGCUCGCUCAACCUCUUCAUCAGCUACCAACAAGCGCGGACACGCUCCUUCUUUGGUAGCUCAGCGUUUGGGUCCAAAAAUGAUCUUCCAACGAUCAAACAUGUCAACCUGGCUGUCGAUUACUAUUCGUGGACCAAAGGUACGUGAACCGACUCGUGAUGCGUCUAAGGAUUUGGAAACUCAACCUUUGAUCGAACGGUUCUGCGCAGGUGGGAACGGAAAAGUUCGCAAAGAAGUCACACCAUUACGGUAAGUUAGCUAUCUUACGUACUUCAAGCGUGUCAAGGCAAGCACUGACAAGAGCUUCACCUCACGGUCCCUCCCACAGCCGUCUCAAAGUCCCCCUCGACCUUCCCCUCGCCUCCUGUCUCUCCAGCACCCUCGCUCGAGCCCCAUCCAACGCCUCCACCGUCUCUUCCGCCUCCGCUUCCGCGUCAGUUCAAGAAUCCGAUUCUUCCCUAUCCCAAACCCCCUCCACCCCCUCUCAGAACCGCUACAAGCUCCGCAUCCCAUUCGAUCUCCGCAACGCGCAAGCGAACUUUUUUGAAAACGUUGCUGAAUUGGUGCCGAGUUACAAGACGGCGAAUGUCGAGAGGGAGUAUACGAUCUCGGUUAGUGUGAGGACCGAUAAGGAUGAUGUGGAUUACUAUAUCGGUCAGUCCUUUGGGCACAAUUAGCGACUGGACCAAUUGUGGGUCGCUUGGCUGACUUGGUUCUCUUCUCGUACGGCGGUCAAUUUAGGGGUCGUGCCUUUCCAACUCACCUCGGGCGUCGCGCCUCUCAAGGAGGACGAGUUGGGUGGGAUCGACGAAGGCACCGAAGAGGAAGAAGAGGAAGAAUGA